GCGUUCCCCCUCGGUCGUACGUCUGUUCCGCAUAGCUCGUAUCGAUUUCAAGUAACGAAACGUCAUUAAACCGCAAUGGAUCACCUCCUCGUCUUGGUGCUGUUCGCCGUUUUACCAUUCGCCAUACAAGACACCACCGUCGACGAGGGUGGCUGCGAGUGCGCCGUGUUCCCUAUGCAAAUAUCGAAAUCGAUCAUUGAACGUGCUCUUCCGUAUAACGUCACGUGCAACGACGAGGGGGAGGAGAAGUGUCAACAGUUAUGUGUCGCUUUGGCCGAGAGCGCCAGGGAACAAGCGCCGCAGAUGAUUUGCGAGAAGCUAAACGCGCACGUAGAAAAUCUUCAAGUAGCGGUGUACGCGAAAGUGUGUAACGCAAUCACGUGGAAAUUCACUGGUUUGAAAGCCGCGGAUCCAAUCUGCUGCCACGACGGGAAGAGUAUUGCUUGCGCGGAACCAGCCCCGUUCUAUCUCUUAACACGGUCGUGUGGUCCAGCCAAAACGACACGAAACUACGCCCUCACUAAUGAAACUCACCCCUUAAAACUACGAAAAAUUCCCAUGAGUGGGGAUGCUAAGAAAACUAUCUCCGGGCUUUGAAAACGAAGAGGACAACGCCUA